GGCGCGCGCCCCAGGCGCCCAGGCAGCUCUCGCACCUGCCCGGGGACGCCGGUGGCCGUAACCAUGGCAGUGCCCGCCGAGAGGUUACAACAUGUCUUCGCGGCGGCCCCAUCACAUUCUACACCCAAAUCGCCCUCGUUUCACAAAUGACCAAGUUCCCCUUUCUUCUCCAUUAUUUCAUCGCUUUUAUCCAAAGAUAAAAGGCCGCAGAUUCUUUUACCUGACAAAGGUCACGCGAGGAACGUGAAACUUUAAAAGUACCUAAGGAGACCACCGACUCGGUGUAAAACGACGCAAAGGCCCACGAACGCGCUGACAGGAACGCGCCCGCAGACGCCGAGAGCCACGAACAUUGUCUCGGCCGUUAAGGCGGUUGGCGGCAACUCUCCGCCCAGCGGCGGUUGCGUCGCGGCCCGAAGCGUGACUCGGCGCACGCUCUCUUGCCGCUCCUCCUCUCCCGGAGCCGGGGAUGCGGCGGGGCGCCGGGAACUACAGCUCCCGUGAGACUCAGCGCGGCCCAGGGUGCUUUACAAUAGGGCUCGCUCGGCGAGGCCUGCGGAGAAGCGCUGAGAACGGCCGCUUCCGGCAUGUUUGGCUCCGGAGGAAGAGCCUCCGACGAGUGGAGGGCGGGGGAGAGACUCCAAUGCCCAGCGGGCCGUGCGCGGGCGGCGCUUGCGCGAUACGCGGACGGGGGGGCGGUCGGGCCAUUUAAAUGUGUGUUUGUGGGUGAAAUGGCUGCGCAGGUCGGAGCGGUGCGCGUAGUACGGGCGGUGGCGGCGCAGGAGGAGCCGGACAAAGAAGGGAAGGAGAAACCCCAUGCCGGGGUCUCGCCGCGGGGAGUGAAGCGGCAGCGCCGAGCGAGCAGCGGGGGGUCUCAGGAGAAGCGGGGGCGGCCGAGCCAGGACCCCCCUCUUGCUCCCCCUCACCGGCGGCGUCGCAGCCGCCAACAUCCCGGGCCGCUGCCGCCAACCAAUGCAGCCCCAACCGUCCCGGGCCCUGUUGAGCCUCUGCUCCUGCCGCCUCCGCCUCCACCUUCGCUGGCACCCGCCGGGCCCGCUGUCGCUGCCCCGCUCCCGGCCCCAGGCACCUCGGCCCUCUUCACCUUCUCUCCCCUGACGGUGAGCGCGGCCGGGCCCAAGCAUAAGGGCCACAAGGAGCGGCACAAGCACCAUCACCACCGCAGCUCCGAUGGUGACCCCAGCUCCUGCGUUCCGGGCGAUCUCAAGCACAAGGACAAGCAGGAAAACGGCGAGCGGACCGGAGGGGUGCCUCUGAUCAAGGCCCCCAAGAGAGAAACACCAGAUGAAAAUGGUAAAACCCAGAGAGCUGAUGAUUUUGUCUUGAAGAAAAUAAAGAAGAAAAAGAAAAAGAAACACCGAGAAGAUAUGCGAGGAAGACGCCUUAAAAUGUACAAUAAGGAAGUACAAACCGUCUGUGCUGGCCUGACCCGCAUCAGUAAGGAAAUCCUCACCCAAGGACAAAUAAAUAGCACUUCAGGAGUUAAUAAAGAGUCCUUCAGGUAUCUGAAAGAUGAACAGCUGUGCCGAUUAAAUUUGGGCAUGCAAGAAUAUCGGGUACCCCAGGGAGUACAAACACCUUUUAUGACUCACCAGGAACAUUCUAUUCGUAGAAAUUUCUUAAAAACAGGUACUAAAUUUAGCAACUUUAUUCAUGAGGAACACCAGUCCAAUGGUGGUGCACUUGUCCUUCAUGCUUACAUGGAUGAACUCUCAUUUUUGUCUCCAAUGGAGAUGGAGAGAUUUUCUGAGGAGUUUCUUGCUUUGACAUUCAGUGAAAAUGAGAAAAAUGCUGCUUACUAUGCUUUAGCAAUAGUGCAUGGAGCGGCUGCUUAUCUCCCAGACUUCUUGGACUACUUUGCUUUUAAUUUCCCCAACACUCCUGUGAAAAUGGAGAUUCUGGGCAAGAAAGAUAUCGAAACAACCACCAUUUCAAAUUUUCACACUCAGGUCAACAGGACAUACUGCUGUGGCACCUACCGAGCAGGUCCCAUGCGGCAGAUAAGUCUUGUUGGAGCAGUAGAUGAAGAAGUUGGUGAUUAUUUCCCAGAGUUCCUUGAUAUGUUAGAAGAAUCACCAUUUCUGAAAAUGACUUUGCCCUGGGGUACACUUUCCAGCCUCCGACUCCAGUGUAGGUCCCAGAGUGAUGAUGGGCCAAUCAUGUGGGUAAGGCCAGGAGAGCAGAUGAUCCCUACAGCAGAUAUGCCAAAGUCACCCUUCAAAAGACGACGAUCAAUGAAUGAAAUUAAAAAUCUCCAGUACCUACCUCGGACCAGUGAACCCCGUGAAGUCCUCUUUGAAGACAGGACAAGAGCUCAUGCUGACCAUGUAGGUCAGGGGUUUGACUGGCAGAGUACGGCUGCUGUUGGGGUUUUGAAAGCUGUCCAGUUUGGUGAAUGGAGUGACCAACCUCGCAUAACCAAAGAUGUGAUUUGUUUUCAUGCUGAGGAUUUUACUGAUGUUGUACAGAGACUUCAGUUAGACCUUCAUGAACCUCCAGUUUCCCAGUGUGUACAGUGGGUGGAUGAAGCUAAACUAAACCAAAUGAGGCGGGAAGGCAUUCGUUAUGCUAGAAUUCAGCUGUGUGACAAUGAUAUUUACUUCAUCCCUAGAAAUGUCAUUCAUCAGUUCAAAACAGUGUCUGCAGUGUGCAGCUUAGCUUGGCAUAUAAGGCUUAAACAGUACCACCCUGUUGUGGAAGCCACUCAAAACAUAGAAAGCAGUUCUAACAUGGACUGUGAUUUAACUGGAAAGCGAGAAUUAGAAGUUGACUCCCAGUGUGUAAGGGUAAAAACUGAAUCUGAAGAAACAUGCAGAGAGAUGCAGCUUUUAACAACUGCUUCAUCGUCCUUCCCUUCAUCAGAACUUAACCUCCAGCAAGAUCAGAUGACUCAGCCUAUUCCAGUUUUAAAGGUGGAAAGUAGACUGGACUCUGACCAGCAACACAAUCUACAGGAACAUUCGAGCACUCCUGUGUGAUAUGUACAUAGUCAAACACAUUUUUUAACUUUUUUAAAUUUUGAUGUGAAGUUAUAGUUUUAUAACUGGCUUAAGUUAAGUUUUAUUGGAGAAAUCUUGCCUAUAAUUCUAUAAAGAGAAAUGACAUUCCACAAAUGUCAAGCAUAUCUUUUUUACACAGAUUAUGCAAAGUUAAGAGUUGUAUCUUAUCCCGUUAGUACAGUAUGUAAUAGUGGGUCUGCUGCUACUUUCUGUUUUAAGGUGUGAGGUAACAAUUCAAUCUCUUCUUCAAAUCAAACUGAGAAUUCUCUGGAAUAACAGAUUCUUAUUUGGUAAAUUAUUCACUUCCCUUAAUUUUAUCUUGCCUUGUCUUUUGCCAUAUUUGCUGUUUUUAUGAUAGAAGAUCAGAUUUAUGCUUUAGUACCUGUGUCUUUAUGGCACAGAUUCAAUUUCUACGGUAAAAAUGGCAUAGAUUACAGGAAAGAGUUCCUGCAUCUUGUACAUGGGCAAGUAAGUUCCAGCCAUAAAAAACAGGUAGUUUCUAAGGAAAAUUCAGUGGCUCUCUGGUUUCUUAACAAAAGAGAAAGCACAGCACUUUCUGAUCCAAACUGUCUUUUUUGUAUCUGUUAUUUAAAGCCCAGUGGAUAUUUCAAUUAAAAAUAUCUAAAGAUGAAUAGUCCUUGGUCAUUCAUUAUCCAUGGUUCAUUAAUCUCUUCUAGAAUACAUGGUAACUAUGGAAGAUAAUUGGGUAAAAGAGAUAAUGUUGACAUGAUACUCUAUCGUUCUGCUACUUAGCAUCCUCACACUUUGUGUGGAUACUUUUGCUUCCUAAAUUGAUCAGGAGUAUCAAACUUAGAAUGAUAUCUUUCUGAUGAGGCUGCCAUAUUUUGUGCAUGAUACUUAGGAAAAACUGUGUGUGUCACUUGGCAUCAACCUCUUCAUGAUAAAGAUCUGUUGAGACACUUCAGUUCACAGUUUUAACUGAAUACUUGGGUUUAUUUACUAUUACUUGUGUUGCUAUGGUCUAAUAAAGAAUAUGGCACUAGACUUCAUCCUAGAGUUUCAGGUAACCUAAUGCUUAGUGCCUGAGUAUUUAAAUUUUUUUUUGUCAAACAGGCACAGUUCUUAUAGCUAGUGUAGUCUUAACUUUCUAUUAUUUUAGAAUGUUAACAUGAUACACAUUUCACUUUUUCUUAGUUAAUAAUACAAUAGGCCUUUUGUUCAUUAAAGGAAGAGUAUUCCCCACACCUAAGACCAGAUUCUUGUAUCUACCUGGUUAUAGUGCAAUUUGGAGAUUUUUUUUCCUGGAGGAUGAGAUUUGGAAUAUUUACAUUAACAUAGGCAAAAAAAAAAAAAAAGAUGCUGCUUUAUUAUGUCUGUCACCAUGAAAACCUAGCUGCAUCUUUUGAAAUAUCAAAUAUGAAUUUUCUCUAAAAUAUUCUGAAAUAGGCUAAAUCUUAUAUAAAUAUUACUUUGUGCAAUAUUGUUGUGUAGUUAAAUGCAUAUUAGCAAAGUAUAGAGGUCACUGUGUAAACCGAUAGAAAAGUAACCAUCAGCAAAUACUGCAGUGAUUAGUUAGAAUCUGUAUUAUUCCUUAUAUAUAUGUAUAUGUAUGUAUUCUCUGUUACAAAGGAUGAAGACAAAUAGAGAAACAUUUCAAUGUAAACCAUUUAUGAAUUGGAAGUGAUGUUGGUUUUAGUUAUCUUUGUAAAUAAGGUAAUUAGAAUGGUAUGAAAAGUAAUGUGAUUAUUGCAGGGGUGUUUUAAAAUCUUGGGUAUAAAUUCUAGGGUAAAUUCUAGUUUAUCAAGACUAGUUUUUAAAGGGACCUGCCUUUGAGGGUGUUUUUUGUUAUUUUGGAGGGGGGAGGGGUUAAUCACAAAAAGUGUGUGGAUUUGGGUUUUGUUUUUGUUUUUCUGUCCAGAAGAAUUUCAUAGAGCUUUACUAGGCUGUGCAAAAUAGAAUUCUUCUCAGGCAACAUUUGCUUUUUAAAAUAAUCAUGAAAACAAGGUUGUUAAAGCAAAAACUUUUUUUAUUUUUAUUUUUCUUGUCUUCCAAGAUCCGAUUUCCCCACUCCCACUUGCCAUCCAGCAGAUGCCAUCUGUCAUCUUAGCUGGUCAUUAUUAAUAAACAAGGAGACUGUCUCCUGACAGCCAGCACUGUGUUUAAUCACUCAGGAACCAGCGGAUCUGCAAAGACCUACAAUCAAAAGCAAAUCCCUAUUUUCCUUUAAUAAAACAUUCUACCCUCACCUCCAAUAUAAACACAUUAAAAGAGUAUACAAAUGUUUAAAAUCAUGUACUAAUAAAUUCAUUGUAUGUUAGAAUUGCAAUAGAAUGGAGAGAGAAACAUUUAGCUAGUAAUGUAUCUGGAAACUGAAUGUCCUAUGUGAGUAUUAGAUUUAAUAGCAUGCUUUAAAGACUGAUGAAUAUAAAAGCUCAAGUUUUGAGUUUCUUACUGCUUUCAAAGUUGUAUCCUAGUUUAGUGAUACAAAUGAUUGCAACUUUUCUAAAUCUUGAAAUUAUUUGGUUUGGUGGAGUGAGGCAUGGAGCAAUCUGGCGUCUUCUGAUUUGUAAAGUAGUGAUGGCAGUGAAGUUGUAACUGAAAUUUAAGCUGAUCUUCCUUUUUGGUAUAUUAUCUGUUGUGCCAACUCUUUGAAAUUACUUGCAGAAUGUGGCUGUAAGUUUGAGUAUUUUGUGGAGCAGAGGGAUAUUUUAAAAAUGUGCUUAUGGAAAGGACCCAGUAAAUGAAUAUUCCUAACUUAGUAACUAGAAUGAUCCUAUGGUAUUCAUAGAUAAGGAUAAAAGUCUUCCCCCUGCCCCAGAAGUCAUUCUGUAAUUACCAAGAUAUGCUAGGAGUAGGAUUAUGAUUCAGAGGUAUCCCAAAUUCAUAAAGCAAUAAUAAAAACCUACAUAUUAGUUUUCCCCUCCAAAGUUUUAACUCUUUAAAAAUGAAUUCCUAAGCUUCAUUGUACUUUUAAUUUGCUUAUUCAGUACUUAGAAUUUGUUUCACUGGUACUUAAUUAUUUUUAAUUAAAAACUUGAAAGGUGCCCUUUCCCCUUGGAGACAGUUGGAAUAUCAGUUGACUAAUACUACAAGCUCUUGUAGGGGGAAAAUGGAGCUUGUUAAAUAAAAUCCUUUACCAAACCUUAGGAAAAGAUGUCUUGUAACAUCUUGCAUCAGUCUUAAUAGGCAUAAAGUUCACUCUUAAUGCCUGGAGAAACUUUUUCUUACUGCCUUUCCCUCUAUAAAUAGUGUCUAGAAUGAAAACUAAUUUAGAAACAAGACUCCAAGAUUCAAGAAAACCCUUAGUGAAUAUAUUCUUGAUCAUUAAUAUUAGCCCAUUAUAUUUUCAUCUGUAUUUGCCAUUAAAAAUUUAUUUGCAUUUAUACCUUUAGGAUAAUUGAGUUUGUGUCUUUCUAAUCUAUUUUAUCAUUGCUACAGGUUUAAAAAAAAAAGCUCUUCAGUAGUACAUGGCAGAAAUUUAUGUUUCUGCUAAGUUUUUUUUUUUAAACAAGUUGUAGCUGUAUUUAUUGGUCAUGCAGUAAGUAGAGGAAAUGUACAAGACAAAUGUUUUUCUUUAGCUUUUAAGGGACCUAUCCUCAUCCUGAAAGUUUGUUGCUUUAAAAGCAAGUAUCUCCAUAAAUAUUAUGGCCUUCCAUUUUCUUCAUAAUUUUUUUAUGAUCCACUUGUGCAUGUAGUUGAGACCACUGUCUCUUAAUAUAGCACUUUUCAAUUCUCUAAAGAAAUACUUAUGUACUACUUCUAUCACAUGUUGUAAAUUUUCAUGUAAUAGUGUUUUCUGUGACUAAACUCCAUUUUGAUUGGCAGCUAAGACUUUUUUUCCUGUGGCUUUAAUUUAUCUAAGAGGUCUUUGCAUAUAGAUGAAAUGUAUAAUUUGCCUGGCGGACUAUUUGCGUUGUGUGGCCUUAGUUUGUUUAUUGACAUUAACGAGUGUUUUAAAAAGGUUUUUAAUGAAUAGUCUUAAAUCUAAAUUUGUGUGAAUAAUAAUCCUUUUAACACAGUGCUUUUUUGUAGCUGUCUAAGUGUGUUAAAUUGUUAAGCUAUUUCUUUGUAAAAUAGGACAAUGGAAUGCAUAGAGGUUUUUUUUUCCCCCCUGUAAAGUAUUUUUUUAAUAAACAAAAGUCUGAUUUGUCCUUUA